GGGCUGGGCCUCCCGUCCGGCCGAGCCCGCAAGGGUUAAAGGCUGCGGCAGGUGAGGUGGGCGGGGCCGCGAGUUCUGGGGAAAAAGGAGCGCAGGGGAGAGGAUGAAGGCAGAGAGCGCGGGUGAGUCACGGGCGGAGCUGGCCUCGCUCGCUCACUCGCUCGCUCGCUGGCUCGCGCCCGCCCUCCGGCCUCCGCCCUCCCGCCGGCUCUCACCGCCUCCUCCGCCGCCGCCCGGUCUGGUCGCAGCCCCGCGCCCUCGGCUGCUGCCCCUCACUGCAGGAGAACCGGCUGGCGCGCAGGGCCCAUGAGCGCGCGUCUGUAGCGCACCAGCCCGCCGCGCCCGGAGCCCGAGCGCAGCCUCCAGGUCCCAUCUGAGGUGCCCCUGACCGUCCCUGUCCCCCACCCACCCCGGGCCCCGGCAAUGCUAACCGCUGUCUGCGGCUCUCUGGGCAGCCAGCACACGGACGCGCCUCACGCCUCGCCGCCGCGCCUCGACCUGCAGCCUCUCCAAACAUACCAGGGUCACACGAGCCCGGAGGCCGGGGACUACCCAUCCCCGCUGCAGCCUGCCGAGCUGCAGAGCCUCCCGCUGGGCCCGGAGGUGGACUUCUCACAGGGCUAUGAGCUGCCGGGGGCCUCCUCGCGGGUGACCUGCGAGGACCUGGAAAGCGACAGUCCCUUGGCCCCGGGACCCUUUUCCAAGCUCCUGCAGCCGGACAUGUCCCACCAUUACGAAUCGUGGUUCCGGCCGACUCACCCAGGCACGGAGGAUGGCUCCUGGUGGGACCUUCAUCCGGGCACCAGCUGGAUGGACCUCCCCCACACUCAGGGCGCGCUAACUUCACCUGGCCACCCGGGGGCGCUGCAGGCCGGCUUGGGGGGCUACGUCGGCGACCACCAGCUCUGCGCCCCGCCGCCUCACCCGCACCCGCACCACCUCCUCCCAGCCGCCGGAGGGCAGCACCUCCUGGGGCCACCCGACGGGGCUAAGGCCUUGGAAGCGGCUGCCCCGGAGUCCCAAGGGCUGGAUUCCAGUCUGGACGGGGCGACCCGGCCUAAAGGUUCCCGGCGGUCGGUGCCACGCAGCUCAGGCCAGACCGUGUGUCGCUGCCCCAACUGUCUGGAGGCGGAGCGACUGGGGGCACCGUGCGGGCCCGACGGGGGCAAGAAGAAGCAUUUGCACAAUUGCCACAUCCCGGGCUGCGGGAAGGCCUAUGCCAAGACGUCGCACCUGAAGGCGCACCUGCGCUGGCACAGUGGCGACCGCCCCUUCGUGUGCAACUGGCUCUUCUGCGGCAAGCGGUUCACGCGCUCCGACGAGCUGCAGCGCCACCUCCAGACCCACACGGGCACCAAGAAGUUCCCCUGCGCGGUCUGCAGCCGCGUCUUCAUGCGCAGCGACCACCUGGCCAAGCACAUGAAGACCCACGAGGGCGCCAAGGAGGAGGCGGCCGGCGCGGCGCAGGGCGAAGGCAAGGCCGGCGGCGCGGUGGAGCCCCCCGGGGGCAAAGGCAAGCGGGAGGCCGAGGGCAGCGCGCCUCCCUCCAACUGAGCUGCGCGGGUGCCGCCCGUGGCCGGGCUCCCGGGGGCGCCGCAAGAGUCCCCAGGCCGACGUCCUCGGGGCCGGCUGCAGUCAGUAACAGGGAAGGCGGUUAUUUAUUGUGCGGGAGGGAGAGCGGGGCGGGGACGGGGAGUCGGGCGCUUGCGGGAGCAAUGUGGGCGCUGGGGCUGGACGGAAGGUGUUUGCCCGAUGGGGCCGGGAGGAGCCGUGCGCGCAGCUCAGGGCCCCGGGCGGGGGUGGGGGUGGGCACCCCUGCGGCGGCUGGAGGGGAAAGCGGCCCGGAGCUGAGCGGAGCGGGCCCGCCGGGGGCGCGGGGAGAGGGGUGGCUGUCGAGACUCGUCCUUGCAGGCCUGGGAACCUGGACACGGAAGCGCCCCCGGAGCCGCCCGAAGGGGCCGGGUCGCCUUCCUCAGCCUCCUGGUGCCUGAGUCCUGGGGCUUCCGGAGGCCCCCCCCAGAUGGGGGGGACCCCCUAGGUUGGGGGCGUGUCUGUAGCUGUUAUAGAAAUUUUGACGCGCCUCCGUAUUAACCCUUCCAGACCCAGUCUAGUGGAGCCAGGAUUGAAGAGGGUAGCAAUCCCACACAGUUCUCAGGCCAGAGCUAUGGGGCGGAGAACAGAGGCGGGGGGUGGGGGUGGGGGAAGCAGGGAAAUCCCCCUCUAAAAGGAAAGAGAGGGACUCGUCGAGGGGAUGCGCGCAACCACCCGCUUCCGCCUCUGCUCCCGUGCAGUCCUUGACUCUUGGUCUUUUUUUUAAAAAGCAAGCUCAGUAGUGCAGCUUCCGGGUCUGUGCCCCUAGGUAGGUUUCCAAGGCUCCCAGUAGCAGCCGCAGCUCUAGAAUUGAUGUAGUUCUCUCCCGGAGGUUCCCCUCAGUUGCCUUCCCCUUGGGGGCGUCCAGCAGAGACCCCUCUAGCUGUUCCCACUUGGAGUGCAGGACGCUGGGGCUGCCUGGCCAGCCCCUGCCCCGCCCUGCCCUGCCCUGCCCCAUCCCCCUGUAGAGUGCAUUCAGGAAGCUGCUUCCUCCCCAGCUCACCGCAGGGGAAAGUCCUCUCCCCGUGCAGGCGCUGUCUUCCCUCUGAUGGCCUUCUCUGCCGUCAGAGGUGACGUCCAAGAAGCUGUCCCCACUUGGCCCCUUCUCCUUUAGAUGCUAGAAAUACAGGUGGAUUGGGAUCUUGGGGGUGGGGGUGGGGAGGGGCCCAGCAGAGGCUGGGCCAGGCACCUGGGAGAGGAGCUGGUCCCGGGAGGGGAGGGUCUGGCAGGCCACGGGACCCUGGGGCUGGGGGCUUCCCUGGGCCUAAAGUCCCUCUGACCUCCCCCUUCGCUUCGCUCUCCAUUCUCCACCCAGAGCCCUCUGCAGGGAUUAGCUGUGUAUUGAUUUUUAAGUUAUAAGCAAAGGGUAUUUUAUUUAAUAUUAGGGCAUGUGUGUGCGUGCAUGUCUUGUGCACCUGUGCAUGUGUGCGUGUGUGCAUGUGUGUGUGUGUUUCUCUACUGAGCCUGGGGUCUCCUGAGACCCCAUCUUGUUCACCCCGUCCAAGGUCUAGGGCCUAGGCCCGCAGCGUCUCUUCCUGCCUUGGGGAUGCUGGGGCCCAGUCUGAGGACUGGGAGCUGUAUGGGACGUGGGGGCUGGGAUUUGGGUGGGAAUACAUGUUUGUGUAGAAAGGGGCCUUCCUUAACAGGGACAGAGGGGCUUCCCUGAGGGCCCCCGGGGCCUGGGGUAGUUUAAGAAGUAAUGAUCUUUCUCGAUUCUCCCUCUCCUUUUCCCCUGCCUUCGGCUAACCCAGCCCGCUGUCCCCUUCCUCCCUGAGAGGGCUGGGGGCAGAAGGGGAGCUGGCCAAGGCCGCAGGUUGCCUGGCCAGGUGGGGGUGGGGGAGGAAGGAGGGCGCUGUGGGUGUGGGAUGCCUUUCUUCUCCACCCAUCGAAACCAGCCACCCCCUCCCUGUGCUACCAAGACAGCCUUGUCCAGUGGCCAUUCUAAGGGGAACUCCCACUUGGGUGUUGGGGGGCACACGGCUGCUGCCCCCGUAGAGGCCCUUAGCUCUAAGGUAUGCAGGUCGGGGCUCUGGAGAGGGGUCUUCUGCUCCCUACUUUGGUAGAUCUCGGUGGCUCGGCUGCCUGCCCUUCCAGGCAGCCUCCCUAGAGGAAAAUGUAGGAUUUUUUUUUUUUCUUGAACUGCUGUGAACCCACUUUGGGGGGGUAGGAGGAGGAAGAAACAGCCUGUGUUUUUUAUGCAACAAUAAAGUCAUCAACGACAUC